AUGCUGGCCUCAAAAUUUUGUAAUGCUUUCUCAGGAUUAGCAAUUGAGCAACAGAGGGGGUUUGCGACGUUGAAGGAUAUUUCGAUAAGGUUGAAAUCUGUGAAGAACAUUCAGAAGAUUACGAAAAGUAUGAAGAUGGUAUCAGCAGCAAAGUAUACUAAAGCUGAACGAGAACUCAAAGGUGCUCGCUCUUAUGGCGAAGGAGCGCAAAAAUUCUACGAAAAUAUUGGAUCGCUAGAAGUUGCAGCUGAUAAACCAAAACAACUUCUGAUUUUGAUAACCUCUGACAGAGGUCUUUGUGGUGCUGUGCACACUUCAAUCGCAAAAGAAGCCAAAAACAUGAUAAAGACAAAGCCGGAAGGUGUAGAUUACAAGCUAGUGCUGAUCGGUGAUAAGGCAAAAGCAUCGUUGGGUCGGUUGUUCGGUAAAGACGUGAUCUUCUCAGCCAACGAAAUCGGGCGUCAACCACCCACUUUUGAGGAUGCAUCUAUUGCUGCUGCUGCCAUCCUCAAUUCGGGCUAUGAAUUCGACCAUGGACAUAUAAUUUACAAUAGAUUCAAGACAGUCGUAUCUUAUUCAACAACAAAAAUGCCACUACUUCCGAGUGAUGCGAUUAAGUCAAACGAUAAACUUUCAACAUACGAUUCAAUUGAUGAUGAUGUUCUCCAAAGCUAUACCGAGUACUCGUUAGCUCAGCUGAUUUAUUAUGCGAUGAAAGAGAGUGCUACCUCUGAGCAAAGCUCACGAAUGACCGCAAUGGAAGGUGCCAGUAAGAAUGCUGGUGAAAUGAUCGAUAAGCUCACAAUGCAGUUCAAUCGAACUCGUCAGUCGGUGAUCACACGUGAAUUGAUCGAAAUCAUCUCUGGUGCAGCUGCCGUUUAG